CAGAAAGAAGAUUUCACAGUCGCCAGAAAAACAUGGCAUCGCUGGUCAGUAUUCUGUGCUCUGUUGUGCUGUCCGCCUGUUUGAGCGAGGCUGGGAGACCUUACCGACAGUUCCAAGAGGUCACUCAGACCACCAGGCCGACAACCCUUGAGCCAAUCACCAUAACAACAACAACCCCUGAGCCGUUUUGCAUGCAGGACGGAGUGGCUUACCCGGUCGGCGCGUCUGUACCGAUCUCUGAUGCCUGCCAUCGUAGAUGCAAAUGCUAUUCCUUUGGGGUAAUUUGCGAAUGGUACUAUGAGUCGUGGGGCCCGGACAUGCCUUGCGUUGACGUCAUCAGUUGUCCUAACAACUCCAGACUUUGUCCCAACGGACCGAACUGCCACAAUCCUAAUGGAGGCGCUCCCAUUCCAGACGGCCAGUCGGUGGUCGUGAACGGCCAGCAGUGCUACUGUCUUGUAACGGCGAUAGGAUACAACGGUGAAGGAUAUAGCAAAGAGGUGUUCUGUCCGGUCACCUCAUGCGCACUGCAGGGCUAAAGCAUUACGAUCGGUCAAUAUGAAAACACAGAGGCAGCGGAAAGGCUAUAAUCUAAAGGCUAUAAGUCGUUGUUACUGCCGUGUGAAGCAAAAUUACAUUACGAUACUGUUGUAAGCAAUUGCAACGGGAUAAUCUACUAUAAGUUUCUUUACCAUCUGUUUAGGGAUUUUACUCUACUGCGACAGCUGUUCUGUACACUAGACAACACAUGACCAAAUAUCUGCUUGGAGAUAAGCUAAUUGCCAAACCCGAAACCACAUGGCCUGUUCCAAAAUUACCAGGGAUAUAGAAGUGAUUUCUGAAAUUAUUAUAUCGAAUAUAAAAACAGCACCCGCGAAAAAAAACAAAGUACAUCAUCGCCCAACUGAGUGCAGACGACAUGCCAAACUACAUGCGAAUGCGGCAAAGAAACAGAUGUGAACUCCCAUCACAUUCACCAACGACAAUACUCCAUUCGUCACAGAGUAACCACAGUAGCCAUGCUAGGUGUCUUCACCGUUGUUUUGGGUGUUGGCUAGGGUCAUGUCUGUUGUCAUACUGUGGGUCCUUCUCUGGUCCCCAUGGCACCAGACGGCUUAACAGAACGGGGCUACCAUUCAUAUUUCAUCAGAUGUUAAGUAGAGACAGUAUGUCCAAACCUCGAAGCGAAAACGCUCGCUGCAGUUCCAAACGAGUUGCUAGGUGGCACAUUAAUUCCCCGUCCCUAUACCCAUACCCUACUGAAAAAGAUUAUGAACGUGGCGCUUGCAGAAAGUUUGACCUCCAACUUUGAAACUAUGCUGCAGUACCGUAACUCACAGCUAGGAGACUAAUUAUCGAACUUUACCUUUGUUUUCCUGAUCCCUACCA